AUGCCGCCCACCUGCACUGCACCACCCACUUGCAAACUGCAGUCUCUCGAGAGGUACAAAGACAAUAAUUGUAGCCUGCUUUGCUUCAUGGAAAAACAUAGUAGGAGAUGUGUCCACCUCCAUGCCUUCUUCCUCCUCGUGCUCGUGCACACCAGCCCUGCAGCCACGGUGACGGCCGUCACUUUCCGGUGCCCAGCCGACCAGGCCUCCGCGCUUCUCCGGCUGAAACACUCCUUCCAGCAGCCGCUCCUGCCAUCCUGGCGCGCGCGCACGGACUGCUGCCGAUGGAAGGGCGUCCGGUGUGACGCCGCCUCGGGCCGGGUCGCCGCGCUCGACCUCAGCGACCAAGGCCUUCAUAGCCGGGACGGCCUCCCCCGCGCGCUCUUCCAGCUUACCACGCUCAGGCGCCUCGGCCUCGCCGGCAACGACUUCGGCGGCGCCAGCCUCCCGGCGUCCGGGUUCGAGCAGCUCGCCGAGCUCACUCACAUCAACCUCUCGAACGCUGGCUUCGCCGGCCAGAUACCCGUCGGCAUCGGCAACCUAAGGAAACUCGUAUCACUAGAUCUCUCCUACAACAACGGCUUGUCCGGGACGAUCCCCGAGUUCUUUGCCGAGCUGCGCUCGCUGGCCGUCCUUCUCCUCUCCAACAACGACUUCAACGGAUCGUUCCCUCGGGGGAUCUUCCAGCUCAAGACCCUGAGGGUGCUCGACUUGUCGGGUAAUUCUGAGCUGUCCGGCGACUUGCCGGAGCUCCCUGCCGGGAGCCUCCUGGAGGUUCUGGACCUGAGCGGGGCUAGCUUUUUUGGUGUAAUACCCAGCUCCAUCAGCAACCUGAAGCGUCUCAAGACUCUGGACAUGAGCAGCAGCCACGGCCGUUUUUCUGGGGCCCUCCCUGCUUCGAUCAGUGAGCUUAAAUCCCUGAGCUUCUUGGAUCUGAGCAACAGCGGGUUCCGAAUCGGCCAGCUGCCUGCUACGCUGGGCAGACUGCAGUCCUUGUCCACGCUGCGGCUCAGGGACUGCGGCGUCUUAGGUGCAAUACCGUCGCCCAUUCAGAACCUCACACGCUUGACCGAGUUGGACCUCUCACAGAACAAUCUCACCGGAGCAAUGCCCACGUGGAGCAAAGGAGCAUUUAGGAACCUAAAGACGCUGCAGCUAUGCUGCAACUCCCUAUCAGGGCCAAUCCCAGCCUUCCUCUUCUCGCUCCCUCAACUCGAGUUCAUAUCGCUUAUGAAGAACCAUUUUGACGGCCACCUCCAAGAAUUCUCUGAUCCUUCUCCCUCCCUAGCAUCCGUUUACCUCGGCUACAACCAGUUAAACGGAUCAGUGCCCAAGUCUUUCUUUAGCCUCAUGAGCUUGCAAACCCUGGAUCUAUCUAGAAACGGUUUGAGCGGGACAGUGCGGCUUAGCUCAUUUUGGAGGCUCACCAAUCUAAGUAACCUCCUCCUGUCAGCUAACACUCUGACAGUUGUGGUGGACGACGAAGAACAUAUUAGUUCAUCCUCGUCUGCAUCGCUCCCUCCACUCAACUCUCUGGGUUUAGCCUGCUGCAACAUGACCAAGAUCCCUUCCAUACUCAAGCACGUCCUGGUCGGCGACCUCGACCUCUCAUGCAACCACAUUGGUGGCUCUGUGCCCAAAUGGAUAUGGGCAGGCCAGAAGGAGAAUGUAGAUGUGUUUAAGUUGAAUCUUUCGCGCAAUCACUUCACCAGCAUGGAGCUGUCUCUGGCCAAUGCCAGCGUAUACUUUCUUGACCUUAGUUUCAACAGCUUUGGAGGGCCUAUUCCCGUGCCCAUGGCUCCACAGUUCCUUGAUUACUCCAACAAUCUCUUCUCAUCCAUCCCACGGGAUCUGAUGCCGCGACUAACUAGUCCUUUCUAUCUGAGCAUGGCCAACAACACACUGCGCGGAGGCAUCCCGCAUAUCAUCUGUGAUGCAAGCAACCUCAAGCUGCUUGACCUGUCUUACAAUUAUUUCAGUGGCCAUGUUCCAUCUUGCCUUGUAGAUGGGCGCCUCACCAUCCUGAAGCUGGGACAUAACCAGUUUGAGGGGACAUUCCCUGAUGGCAUCCAGGGCGUGAGGUGUGCUUCCCAGACGAUAGAUUUGAACGGGAAUAACAUGCAGGGGCAGCUGCCUAGAUCAUUGUCCAAGUGUCAUGAUCUGGAGGUCUUUGAUGUUGGCGGCAACAAUUUCGUCGACUCUUUUCCGACCUGGCUGGGGGAUUUGACAAAACUUAGAGUUCUUGUGUUGAGAUCCAACAGAUUAUUUGGUCCUGUCGGGGCGGCUCCUGCCAACAGGACGCACUUCCAGAGCUUGCAGAUUAUCGAUCUUGCCUCCAACAACUUCUCUGGUAGUUUGUGUCCACAAUGGUUCGAGGGUCUGAAAGCAAUGAUGGUUAUUGGAGAGAAGCACGAGGGCCGACAAGCCUUGGAGGAAAACCUCACAGGUAAGUUGUACCGAGACACGGUAGUGGUCACGUACAAGGGAACAACCAUGACACUCACCAAGAUCUUGACGGCCUUCACGGUUAUCGACUUCUCCGCCAACGCCUUCACCGGAAGCAUCCCGGAAUCGGUCGGGGAGCUCGCUUCGCUACGCGGGCUCAACAUGUCGCACAAUGCCUUGACGGGGACAAUUCCUCCUCAGCUCAGCCACCUGACACAGCUUGAGUCGCUAGACCUUUCAUCAAACCAUCUCUACGGGGCGAUCGCGGAGGCAUUGACAUAUCUAACCUCCCUUGCGUCGCUGAAUGUCUCCAACAAUCAGCUCGAGGGGGCCAUACCACAGGGAGGGCAGUUCCUGACAUUUACCGUCGAUUCUUUCCAAGGGAAUGCAAGGUUAUGUGGUAAACCACUGCCCAAACAAUGCAAUUCAGAGGUCCCUUCGUCUGACUCUGAGCACGACAAAAAAUCAGACGAUAGGGUCGACACAAUUGUACUGUAUCUUGUUGCUGGGUCAGGGUACGGUCUGGGAUUUGCAGUAGCGGUUCUGUUUCAGGUGCUAGGCAAAAGGUGGAGGCGGAAACCAAAAGUGAUCAACUGA